ACGGCGGUUAACUGCCGACGUUUAAUGUCGUUAUACAUAUACAUAUAUAUCUGUUGUGUUCACCCUGGUUCGUGUCUCCUCUCUCACUUUAACGCAGCUCUGCUCAUGGCUCUCAAUAAGUCCAUGCACCCUCGGAACCGGUACAAAGACAAACCGCCGGACUUCGGUUACCUGGCAACCAAAUAUCCAGACUUCCAGCAGCACGUGCACACCAGCCUCACCGGAAGACCUGUAGUCAUCAGUUGUAAAGACCCCGAGACAACUCGCAUUUUGUCAUUAAAGAUAAUGCAGUCCAUUUACUUUAAACAGCAUCCCAAAAUAUUUCCAUAUUGUUCAAUGAAAGUCAUAAUCAUUCAUCAUCCUAAUGAAUACACACAUCCUCUAGCUGCCAAAAAACACGUGUGUGUGUUUGUUUCCUCAGGCACUGGGGCGUCUUGUAUCUACCCCUUGCUGGGAGCCACGAUGAACGGCUGGUACUUUCUCGCCACAGAGGUAGACGACAUCUGUUUUGACUACGCUACGAAGAACGUGGAGCAGAACAACCUGUCUGACCUCAUUAAAGUUGUCAAAGUCCCUCAGAAGACUUUACUGAUGGACGCCUUGAAAGAAGAGACAGAAAUAGUUUACGACUUCUGCAUGUGCAACCCUCCUUUUUUUGCCAACCAGCUGGAAGCGAAGGGGGUAAACUCCAGGAACUCACGGCGGCCUCCUCCCAGUUCAGUGAACACAGGCGGGGUGACGGAGAUCAUGGCGGAGGGCGGGGAACUGGAGUUUGUCAAGAGGAUCAUUCAUGACAGCCUGCAGCUCAAGAAACGCUUGCGGUGGUACAGCUGCAUGUUGGGGAAGAAAUGUAGCUUGGCACCUUUGAAAGAGGAGCUGAGGAAGCAAGGGGUGCCCAAAGUGACACACACAGAGUUCUGCCAGGGGCGGACCAUGCGGUGGGCUCUGGCCUGGAGUUUCUAUGACGAUGUGAUUGUUCCGUCUCCUCCCAGUAAGAAGCGUAAACUGGAGAAGGCGCGGAAGCCCCUGUCGUUCACUCUACCGGAGGCGGGACUGAAGGAGCUCCAGGCCAAGGCCUCGGCUUCAGGCGGUGGCGCCCGCAGCCCCGUGGACAGCAUCACUGCUCUGCUGGAGAAAACCCUCACUGACCUACGGGUGCUGCACAAACGCGUCCCGUGCAGAACGCAGGAGCAGAGCCUCUUUCUAACGGCAGUGGAGAACACUUGGAUCCACGGCCGACAGAAGAGACGUGAAGGGUCCCGUCAGUUGCGAGAGCUCCCCAGAGCGCCUCACUGUGCUGGAACCAGGUCUCAACCCGCCGCGGCCGCUGUAGCUGCUCCUGCCACAACCCCGGCCUCUCAAAACCAGUCCGCCUCCACACAAAACACCAACACCCAGAACGACGGCGCUCAAAACAAAACUACGGCUGCACACAAGGGAGCUGAUCCGCCGCAGCCCACAGAGCAGACCGGCAACGGCGCCUCUUCAAAUGAGACGAGCGAAGACGUAACACGCGACCCGACUGGCGAGCAGCGAGAGGUCUUAGAGAAGGUGUCAGGUGAAGACGUGGACAUGGAGUCCUCGAUCUCCACAGAAGCAGGGCAGGAAACGGUCCCAAAGGAAGCACCUGCGGCAGCAACUGAGCCGCCCUCCAAACGACCCCUGAGCCCUGGUGGCGUCGAACACUUCCUGUUUAAGUGUCUGCUGAACGUGAUGCUGGAGGAGGUCGACGUAGUGAUUGAGAUGCACUGGGUCGAGGGUCAGAAUAAAGACCUGAUGAACCAACUGUGCACUUACCUGAAGAACACACUUUUAAAGUCUGUUGCAAAGUCCUGAAUGAUCAGAAGAACGGGUCCUUUUCUUUUUUAAACGGUAUAUUAAUCAUUCACGACAGCGAGCACGGAUUAUUUUUAGAGAUGUUUAUUGAGUGCCUGUUUGUUUUUGAACAGCUAAAAUGAUUCAUUGUGCGUAACUGUACACAGUGUUUAAUUCACUGUGACCUCUGGAGGUUUGUUCCAGUAGAUUAUUUUUAUUAUUUGGGCUUUUUUUUAACCUUUUUGUUAGACGGCGACAGUGAAGACAGGAAACAAGUCCUUAUCUAUUCAGGAUAAGGACUAGAUAAUCAGUGACAUUCAUUUAUCAUCUCAUUUUCUUGUACUUGGCGGUUUACCUUUUAAGGUAGAACAUAUAUUGUACAUUGAUAUUUUGUGCUCAAAGUUGAAAUAAAUGUACAUUUUUAUAA